CCCCCCUUGGCAUUACAACAGUCACUGCACGUUGCCAGUUUGACUGGGCGCGCCACACAGCCAACCUCGGAUCGCUGCCGACUACGCAGCGCAGCCCCGCAGCGGCCAACUCCACCUCCCACCCACGCGACGUUGGUUGUCGGACACGCGACGCGCACAGACCCCCUCGGCCACCCUCUCUUGAGGCUUACCCACCAUCCUCACACACCCACCCACCCAGGGUGGAAGGGAAACAACAGGCCAUCGCAUGACCCGACGUUGACAAGGAAGGCCCUACUCUUCCUUCCUUGUCGCGGCGGCGUUGACCGAGUAAUCCUCCUCGUCACGCCCACCCACCUCUGGGCCCGUCCCUCUCCCUGCUCGAGCAGGUAUGUCGGACAGCAACAACCCUGUCGCACUACUUACGCCUCGUGCUUCUUCUUCAGCCGCCAAAGGACACGCACAACCUUCUCAAGGAUCUUGCGUGCACUCCCUCUUCUCGUCGUCGUUGUCUCUCUUCCACCACCACCAGGGCCGUCUUGCAGAUCCGAGCGGACGCCGACAUUCCCUCUGCGCGCGCCGCGUCGGGCCAAUUCCUUAAUCACAGAUUACAAGCCACAGGAUCUGUGCACGACGACGAGGGACACUGCUCUCUGUUGGGUUCUUCGUCCUCACACUCUCACACCUACGUCUAGGCUUUUACGCCCCGCCCCUCGCCGCCGAGAGUGACCAUCAAGGUCCGAUCCGUCAACACGUUGCCAGCAGCCACACCGCGGGCUAUAUUCCCACUGUCACCUCUAGUCGCCGCCCACCGCGACUUGCUCACCACCAACUCGAGUGCCGUCUCGACGUCUACGCCGCCAGAGAGGGCUUCAGCGCUGCCGUUUUCGACUGAUCGUGCUGCCUUCCCUUGGCGCGCGCCAUUGUGUUGCGACGACGCGCGUGUGCCCGGGUCUCUUUGCCAUUGAGUGCUCGGACCGUCGCCCCCCGUCCCCAGGUCACGCACAGACCCACUCGCGAUCCUCCUCUUCUCUUGUGCCCUCGUGCACCACCCAGCGCUUUUCUGGCCAGUGUCGUGUCCUGUCGCCUCCCUCCCUCCCUCGACCGUCCUUGCCUCCCUCCUGGCCCUCUCUGUCCUCGCUCGUCCUCCAUCCUGUCCAUCACCCAUCGAACCACCCCACCUAUCCCAUCAUUCUACGUUUCAUUCACAACCUUUCCCCUCAUUUCCCAAGGCAUCCCAAAGCAUCCUGUCCAUAGGCAGGCGACAUCAAGACUACUCUCCCUCUAUUCCCACUCAUUGCCACUGUCUCAACGCAGGCCCCCCUCUCCCAGGCCAGCCUAUUGUCUUCCGAACAAGUCACUUUAUCGACACCUUGUUCGACACCAAACCUUUCCAGCUUUCCUUUCACUCAACUCCCUCCCACCUACCUACACACCUAGGUGCCUGACGACUCGCGCCCGACAGGCUCCAACAUAAUGUCGACACAAUCCGAGAUUCAAGAGAAGAUCUCGGCAGCCCGAAGGGAGGCAGACGGCCUCAAGGACAAGAUUCGGGCAGCCAAGGACCAAACAGCAGACACGAGUCUGCGCGCCAUGGCCAAUGACACCCCUCCUCUCCCCCGCCUCACCCUCAAGGUUCGGCGAACCCUCAAAGGCCAUCUGGCAAAGAUUUACGCGCUUCACUGGUCGGCCGACAAGAGGCAUCUUGUCUCUGCCUCUCAAGAUGGCAAGCUGAUCGUCUGGGACGCAUACACAACCAACAAGGUUCACGCCAUUCCGUUGCGGUCUAGUUGGGUCAUGACCUGCGCCUACUCGCCCUCAGGAAGCUUUGUCGCCUGUGGUGGUCUCGACAACAUCUGCACAAUCUACUCGCUCCGCGGAGCUGGACCAGGGCAGGGCGGCGGCCAGGUCAAGGUCGCUCGCGAACUGAGUGCCCACACAGGAUAUCUGUCCUGCUGUCGAUUCAUCAAUGACCGCCAGAUCGUCACUUCGUCGGGCGACAUGACUUGCAUGCUCUGGGACAUUGAACAGGGAACACGGACGAUGGAAUUCAACGACCACACUGGCGACGUCAUGAGCAUUUCACUUGCGCCCAACCAGAACUUGUUCGUGUCGGGCGCGUGCGACGCAACAGCCAAAGUCUGGGAUAUUCGUACCGGCCGGGCCGUCCAGACGUUCACCGGUCACGAGUCGGACAUUAACGCCGUUCAGUUCUUCCCCAACGGCGAUGCGUUCGCCACAGGUUCAGAUGACGCCACCUGCAAGCUCUUUGAUCUCCGCGCAGACCGCGAGCUCAACUCGUACCAGCACGACAACAUCCUUUGCGGCAUUACUUCGGUCGCAUUCUCCAUCUCGGGCCGUGUCCUGUUUGCCGGCUACGACGACUACAACGUCAACGUCUGGGACACGCUAAAAGGCGAGCGCAUUGGUGUGCUCGCAGGCCACGACAACCGCGUGUCCUGUCUCGGUGUCAGCGGGGACGGCAUUGCCCUCUGCACUGGCUCUUGGGACAGCUUGCUCAAAGUCUGGUCGUAGAAUAUCCCCACCACACAGUUGGUUAAUCAAUGUCAGUCAUCGCAUACAAUGCCCCCCAUCACCCAUACCCCUGCUCUUAUCAUCCUUUCCUCCUCCUAUGUUCACAUGUCUCUGUCGCGAUCUUGUACAAAGUUUGGGUACGACGACUUUGGCGCGGCGUCGCCAGACAUGCAUGCUUUUGUCAGCAA